AUGGGGCUGGCCCAGCAGAUCAACAUCUUGAUCCCAUUCGCAGUCGUUUCAGAGAACUUGACUCGGACGCUUUUCUCUUACUCAUUGGUGAAUGAAAUAUUCGAAUCUCGCGCUCGUCUGGGAUCUGAAAUUUCAUCUCAUGAAACCGAAGAAGUGAUUCAAAUUGAAGAAUUACGGCAUAAACCUCGUGCUUUAGGCCUCAUGGAUUUACCCCUUGAGAUUCUCAACGAUAUACUUGAAAUGCUUAAUCACAUGGCUAGGCUCGAAGGUGAGGUAAUCAAGGAAGACAGGUGGGAAACCGCGACGACCUGGACUUCAGGCGAGAAGCAAACAUACAUGACUUAUUUACGCGAGGACCCACCGAUCUUGAAUACUAUACAAACCUUUUCACUUACUUCUCGUAAAAUAUAUCAACUUUGUCGACCCUGGCUGUGGCAAAAACUACAAUUUCCUACUCGUCUUCCAGCACCAAUAGGUCUAUGGACCAAUGAUAUUCUUCUCAAACAAGGCUCCCUUGUCCGGUCUCUAACCCUUGAGCUCUCCGAAAACUGCAGCAAACCUGAAGGAUCCGUAGAAUAUGAUCCCUAUUACGAUAAUCUCAUCCUUAACAUGGAGGAUGAGGAUCCAGAGAGAGUCUCUCCAAAGAAUGCAAAAGACCUAAUAACUCGGUGCCCCAACCUCUCUGAGUUGGAGAUCAGGUAUGAAGUUUUUGGAGAGUCGGAAGACGCGGUCGAAGUGACAGGUUUUUUAUCAGAUCUGAUCCCUCUCAUAAUCAGUCUCAAACAUCUCCGACAGUUAUCAUUAAUAACUUACCUAGGCAACGGACCCAUGGUCAUAUUUCCAUCAGAACUCUUGCUUGGUUUACCUUUGCUCGAGUCGCUUUCAUGUAUAGAUGAGCAAUGGUGCCUUUACAAUUGGCCAAAGAUCAUCACCCUGCUUACAAUCCACUCUUGUGGUGAUUUAUCACCAAGUUUAGCAUGUCGAAUCAUCCGUCAUAUUGCACCUUGCCUACAAGAUCUUAGGCUUGGCUUCGAACAAGGUGAUGGGAGCUGGGAAAUCGAUCCUAGCUGGAUUCCCGGACAUCGUUUGGAUCUUCCGUCUUUGACUUACUUGAAGCUUUGUACCCGAAACCCACACUUACUGGACAGCUUUCAAGACUGCAAAUCUCUAACGUUGCUUGGAUGGACGUACAUAACCCUGGAACAUUGUAGGAUACUGAGUGGCAUUGUGUUUCGACCUGCUUGGCCUCAGCUCAAGAAACUGGUGGUCACUCGUGGUCAUGAUGUCGACCAAAACGCUCUGAAUCCUCGAAAUCGAGCAAUCAUUGAAGACGAAUUAGUUUCAUUGGAGCAUCAUUGCAAACAAGCCAAUAUAAUACCGAUCAUACACCGAUGUCGGCCUGACAUGCCGUGA